AUACGUUCAUUGCUCCCCUACUACAACUAACUAUAUAAGGGAGUCAUAAUGAACGGAUUAGGCAUCUUUUUUGUAUUUCAAUUGUUCUUAUUGUUCGUUGUUCCACUCCUCAAACUAGAUCUACCAUGCGUAUUGAUUGGAGUGCCUUUAUUUUGGUUACUUGUUGCACCAGAAAAGAAUCUGCCUCUAUUGCUCGAACGGUUUGCAGUGUUUAUCUUGUUACUUGAAAAAAACCUGAACAACAAGGACGAGUAGCACCCAGGGCGCUAGUUGAGCAUGAGGGGCGCAUGAGUGAUGAUGAAGACGAAGAAAUCGAGAUCCAGGCUGGGAAUGGCAGGAGACAAAGUGAAGUGCGUGCUUUCGGAGGAGACGCAACCUUGGGAGGGAAAGAGAUACGAGUAAAAUGUAGAGGAAAUUAAAACAAAAUUAAAUAAAGGCUCUCGGCUCCCUUGCACUUCCCUCCCCUUAGACCAAAUAGACUAUUAAUUUCAAA